CGCCGGCCAGCCAGCCAGCCCCGUGACCGAGACCGUGCGAGCGCUCAAGUCGAACGGAGUGAGGGAAAUGGCGGGCGCGACCUUCCUCUCUGCUCCCGCGCUGCGCCUCGGCCUCCCUUCCGUCUCGUCGCCGGUGCGCAGACACGCACACAUUCAGGUGUGCUGCCAGGCCAAGUCCGGGGGCUCCGGCGCCGAGGCGGCCGCCGCUUGCGAAGAGGCUCUGCGGUUCCGCAGAAGGGAUCUGAUCGGGGGCUGCUUCGGCGCCGCCGUUGGCUUGGAAAUCGUUGAGGGCUCUACGAGGUUCACAGGGGUGGCUGCUGCGGCUGACCUGAUCGAACGCCGGCAGCGCUCCGAGUUCCAAUCAAGCAUCAAAAGCACCCUCACAGCAGCCAUAGAGGCAAAGCCAGAGCUCGUGCCGUCUCUCUUGACCUUGGCACUGAAUGAUGCUAUGACAUACGACAAGGCUACGAAGACAGGAGGGCCAAAUGGGUCCAUCAGGCUAAGUGCAGAAAUAAGCAGACCUGAAAACAGUGGACUUUCUGCUGCCUUAGAUCUGCUAGUAGAAGCAAAGAAAGAGAUUGAUUCCUACUCCAAGGGAGGCCCCAUUUCAUUUGCAGAUUUGGUCCAAAUAGGGGCAUCACAGGCACUUAAGAAAACGUUCCUUGAUGCGGCCAUUGCCAAGACCGGUGGGAACGAAGAGAAGGGAAGGACCCUAUACUCGGCAUACGGUUCAAGUGGGCAGUGGGGUUUCUUCGACAAAAUAUUCGGGCGAGACGACGCACAAGAACCUGAUCCAGAGGGCAGGGUGCCUCAGUGGAGCACCGCUUCUGUCCAGGAAAUGAAGGACAAGUUUAUCUCCGUCGGUCUCGGUCCUCGUCAGGUUGCUGUGAUGUCGGCCUUCUUCGGACCCGACCAAGCUGCCACGGAGGAGAAACUGAUCGCUGAUCCAGACUGCCGGCCAUGGGUCGAGAAGUACCAGCGCAGUCGCGAGACGGUCUCCCGAACCGACUACGAGGUUGACCUGAUAACCGCGGUCACCAAGCUGAGCUACCUGGGCCAGAAGAUAAACUACGAGGCCUACACAUACCCCAAGCAAAAGAUUAACUUGGGUAAACUGAAGCUGUGAUUGAUGAUUGCGCUGGGCAUAUCUGCGAGCGAUUGGGUGUGUAUGGAGAAUGAGUUUGAUAUGGGGAGAGUUAAUGUUUUGGCUGAGUCUUGUCGUGUUUUAGAAAAAGAAAGAUUUAUUGCUUUU